GUAUGCUCCUCGAUACUAAACGAAAAUCUAGUAGUAUGGGAAGCAUUAAGUGAGGUUAAGUUAUCUGUGAAAAAGUUUAUUAAUUACCUUAAUCAUGAAUGUCCUGGUCAGAAGCGUAAUGAACAUAGCAAGAGCAUGUAUAACAAAUUCCAUUCAAGGUAGCACGUCAAGUUUAGCAAACUUCUACGGGAACAGCUAUAUUCCAGGAAGCAUACUAAACGCCACAAGAACAUGUUUAAACACUGCAUUGCAAGGAUUAGGUCAAACCAGAUUAGCAACUUCGUUAAUCAAAAUGCACAAGAGAAAUGGCCCGUAUAGGAAAAGGAAACCUUCAAAGAAUCCUUUCGAUGGCAAUCCAUUCAUGAAGGGCGUAGUCUUAAAAACUGUCAUUAAAAAACCGAAAAAGCCUAAUUCCGCGAAUCGAAAAUGCGUUGUUGUGAGAUUAUCGAAUGGCAAAGAAAUGACAUCAUAUGUCCCCGGGAUCGGCCACAAUCUGCAAGAACAUAAUAUAGUGCUUUGCAGAGUUGGACGGUUGCGAGAUACACCUGGUGUUAAAAUAAAAUGCGUACGCGGAAAAUAUGACUUACCACAUGUAAUAAAGCGCGAUUAAUUAUUAAAUCAGCUGUUAAUAAUAUGAUAGAAAGUGAUACGUUUAUAUGGAAGAACAUACAAAGAUCAUUGAAAAUACCAUCAUUAAUUAUUUUUAUCGAUUAUGUAUUGUGUACAGUAUGAUAAAUAAGAACAAUUAUUUGCUGAAAUAUU